ACUGUGUCGGUUUCCCGUUUGACGGAGGUAAAAUGGCGGCGCUCGGACAGUUUUCUCAGGUGGUGCGGUCUGCUUUUUUGACACAAACUCGUCAAUUAUCAGCUGUAGCACACGGUGAACAGGGAGCAAAGACGUGGAAGAUACUGUCGUUCGUCGUUGCUAUUCCCGGGGUCGCUGUGUGCAUGCUGAACGCCUUCCUGAAGUCUCAGCAGCACGGCCACGACCAACCGGAGUUCGUCCCUUACCCGCAUCUGCGCAUCCGCACCAAGCGUUUCCCUUGGGGUGAUGGGGUUAAGACACUCUUCCACAACUCCCAUGUCAACCCUCUGCCUGAUGGUUAUGAGGGUCAUGAGGAAUGAAGAUUAGGCUUGACCACUGUCUUCGGGGACCAUGGGGCUCUGUCACCCCCCUCUUCUACCCCUGGACCAUUCUACAAAUCCAGUUUACCUACAGCAAACUGAAAUCCUCACUUACCUCUGUGCUCUGCUGAAAGCACCUAAUAAAGUUACGUUCUUACUAAGAGCCUUGCACGGCAUUGUUUAACCAUAAAUGAAAAUAAACGUAUUACAUACAG